AUGUCAAGACCUGUUCUCUCUGGGCGACUAGCAAGGUGGUUAAUUUUGUUCAACGAAUUCGAAAUCUUGUAUGUCCCGCGAAAGACAGUCGAAGGGCAAGCCCUUGCUGACUUCUUGGCUGAUCAUCUAAUACCAGCUGAUUGGGAAAUAUCUGAAGACUUUCCUGAUGAGAAGGUUUUCUUUGUUGAUGUCCUUCCGCAAUGGAUGAUGUUCUUUGAUAGUGCGCCGUGGUCCAAUGGAGCAGGGGCAGGAUUGGUGUUCGUUUCUCCACAAAGACAAAUUUUGCCAUAUGCUUUUUCGUUUCCUGAAAAUUGCUCAAAUAAUAUGGCCGAGUAUCAAGCCUUGAUAAUUAGUCUCCAAAUGGCAAAUGAAAUGAAGAUUUCAAAUAUUGAAGUUUAUGGUGACUCCAAGUUAGUAGUUAGCCAACUUCUUAGGGAAUAUGAAGUCAAGAAAGAUGACUUGAUUUCACGUUUCCAGUAUGCUUCCAAUCUACUUAGUAGAUUUGACAACAUUGUUUUAGAACAUAUCCCAAGGGAAGAAAAUCGCUUAGCAGAUGCUUUGGCUAACUUAGCCACAACAAUGGCAUUAGGAGAAGCCGAGGCAAUUACCGUCCCAGUAUGCCAACAGUGGGUAUUGCCGUAG